AUCAAAUCAAAUGUCGGCCGGUGUAGAACAUCGUAACGAAGAAGCUACUUUGUACGUGGGAGGUUUGGACGAACGAGUGGACGAGGAGCUGCUUUGGGAGUUGUUUCUUCAAUUUGGACCCGUUGUUUCCGUUUCUAUGCCAAAGGAUAAAGUUUUAAAUAAACACAUGGAAUUCGCCUUUAUCGAAUAUCAAAGCGAGAUUGAUGCGGAAUAUGCUUCCCACGUUUGUGAUAAUAUCACUCUUUACGGGAGAAAAAUCAGAGUGAACAAGUCAAAUAAGGAUCGCCCGACGCUGGAUGUGGGUGCCGAUCUUUUCAUCAGCAACUUGGCUCCGGAUGUGACGGAGGACAUGAUCAAAACGACGUUUUCGCAGUUUGGCCAGCUUGCCUGCGAGCCGAUCAUUGCUCGUGAUCCGGAGACGAACAUCAGCAAGGGCCACGCCUUCGUAAACUACACAUCCUUCGAGAGUUCGGACUUCGUUAUCGAGAGCAUGAACGGGCAGUACUUCCACGGCCGUCCCAUCGUGGUCCAAUACGCCUACAAGAAGGGAACGCGCGGAGAGCGGCACGGCUCGGCGGCGGAGCGUCUGCUGGCGAAGAGCAAUCCGGAUCGCGCGCGCGUGAACGCGAUGAUGUCCUCGUUCGCCGUGGCGCAGCAGGGAGGCAUCCUCCAGCAGCAACAACAGCAGCAGCAGCAGCAGAUGGGUGCAAUGCAGCCGGGAAUGAUGCAGCAACCAGGCAUGAUGCAGCCAGGCAUGAUGCAAAUGCAGCCCGGUAUGAUGCAAAUGCAACCUGGAAUGAUGCAAAUGCAGCCCGGUAUGAUGCAGAUGCAACCAGGCAUGAUGCAACCCGGCAUUAUGCAACCCGGCAUGAUGCAGAUGCCCCAGCCCGGCAUGAUGCAAAUGCAACCUGGCAUGAUGCAACCGGGCAUGAUGCAACCCGGUAUGAUGCAUUAAGGGAGAGGGGAGAUCGGCCGGUGGCUGCCCGACGGAGUUCGCUUUUCACAAAACUAUUCUCUACAAUUCUGUGCUCGCUCGAAA